AUGGUACACCUUCCUAAAUCUUUCAUAGGCAUUUUUCCGCUGUAUAUGGGCGUUGAGCUGGCGCUUGGCAUCACGAUCUUCAACAAAUGCAGUGGUGUGUACGGCAUUUUGGGUCUCAUCACAGGUCACAGAUUGCACUUCAUGCAGUGGUUGUUGUAUUUAACUUCUAUUCUACAGUUGGUGGUUUACUCAGCAGCGUUGAAACAGAUAUAUGCGCCCCAAGUGCUGAAUUUCGCGAUGACUCUGGUCGUGUAUACAACCGACACAGUGCUAACAUGUUUGUUCACACUGUGGUUUAGCGGACAAUGGUUUUCGGCCAAAAACAGCGAGUUUGACGACCCAAACUCGCAAACUCAUCAAUCCGCUAUUCCGGGCUCGCAAUUGAAGAUACGUGGCGAUUCAUUGAGCUCCCAAAGCGCAUCCCAGAGUACCGAGUUUUUUUUCACCAUUCUACUAACACUGCUGGCACUAGCGUCCAGAUUCUACUUCAACUCGAUCUUGUUUGCUUUCGUGCAAGGACUAAUCCGUCAUCCCAAAUAUACGUUGGAUAUUGACGACAUCGAACAAAACUUGAAGAACAAGAACUGGCUUGUGAGAAACUGGAAAAAAGCUCAGUAUACCAGCUACAAAUGGUGUCGUCACUAUCUCGCAUGA